UCUAAUCUCUUUAAAUCCUCUUCUGAUAGGAAUUAACCGAUGAAAGGCUGACCCACGCAUUCUACGUCCCUCCCUCUCUUCUCGCUCGCUUCAAUCCAACAUCUCCUCUCUCUCUCUCUCCAACCAUUACAUCUUCAUUUAUUCCCAUCUCUCUCCUAUCCGGUUGAUCAAGGUUUCAGAGUGCAGGGUUUGGCUUAAAACGUUUUGCAAACAAGAAGGUGUCUGACAGUAAGAAGAUCUGCAUAUAUGGGUUCCUGCUCUAACGAUAGCAGCUCUGAAAACGAUGAUCCUGCGUCACUAGAGAAUUUGGAUGAUGAACUGGUUUUACCUCUGAAAUUGAUGCCCUUGCACACCAAUGGCUGGUUGCAUGACAUGAAGUUGUCAUCGCCAACUGCGGUCCGUGUGAGCAAUGGCUCAUCAUCUGGCACUUUCGAUCCGAUCUACCGAGCUUGGACGAAGAAGUACCCUUCAGCUCUAAAUGCUUUCGACCACAUUGUUGCCUAUGGCAAAGGCAAGAAGAUAGCGCUGUUCUUGGACUACGACGGCACGCUCUCGCCGAUUGUCGAUGAACCUGACAAUGCUGUCAUGUCUGAUCAGAUGCGUGAGGUGGUGAAAAAUGCUGCCUUGCAACUCCCCACUGCGAUUAUCAGUGGAAGGUCUCGUGAUAAGGUGUUUGAUUUUGUUAAAUUAACAGAACUGUACUAUGCUGGUAGCCAUGGAAUGGACAUCAUGGGUCCAGUUGGGAAACAUGAUUCUGCUACUGACGGUAGAAGCUCUACCAACUCGAAUGAAAAGCAGGGCGAGGAAGUGAAGAUCUUCCAGGCUGCUACUGAAUUCUUACCGAUGAUCGAUGAGUUUUUUAGAUUGCUCGUCGAGAAGACCAAGGCGAUUGAGGGUGCGAAAGUUGAGAACAACAAGUUCUGUGUGUCGGUGCACUACCGCAAUGUUGCGGAGAAGGAUUGGCAACUUGUUUCUCAAUGCACAAACGAUGUCCUAAAACUCUACCCUCGACUCCGGCUGACUCAUGGACGAAAAGUUUUGGAAGUUCGUCCAGUGAUAGAUUGGAACAAGGGGAAGGCAGUUGAGUUUUUGCUCGACUCACUAGAUCUGGCGAGCUGUAAAAAUGCGCUUCCUAUUUAUAUCGGGGAUGAUCGCACCGACGAGGACGCUUUUAAGGUUCUUCGUGACGAUAAGAGGGGUUUUGGAAUUCUGGUGUCAUCUGUACCAAAGGACUCUCAUGCCAUGUAUUCUCUGGUUGAUCCAUCUGAGGUUAUGGAGUUCUUGAAGAGACUGGUGAUGUGGAAGAAGGAAGAAGCAUCAGAUAGUAAGUAGAUGGUAAAUAUCUCUGAUGUUUACUUUAGGUAGAUUUCUGAAUUCUGACAGACAAUAAGAAGGGCAGCAGAAUUGAAUUGCAAAUAGUGGACAGUUGCACACCUUAUAGUUAAUCCAUUUUUUUUAGCCUGGGAAGCCGCAACUAAAAAUAAUUGCCAUUCUGUACAAGAAAUCGAAGCAUUCUGCACCAAUCCAGUUCUUUGAAUAAUGGUCUUAGUUGUAUCAUGUGUGACUUGUUAACUGUGACAUUUUGAGCAAGAUUCCAAGGAACUUUGUGGCAUUGCAGCAAUUUCAAACCAGUGGCAAAAGA